UCCUACUCCAUUUUUCCUCGGACGCCGACGCACUCUGAGCCGGAGUUCUGUCAGGCUGCGCGGAGAUCCAUACACAGCUUCGAGAAAAUUGCUAAAUAUAUUCUGUUUUUGUUUCCCAGUUUCGUAUAGAAACAACAAUUUCUCAGUUUGGUUUUGGUGGAGAUGGUAGAUUAUCACGCAGCGAAUAAUCAAUCCCACUAUUCAAGUCAGCAGAGCUACAUGGAGCAGGAGAACGAUUGGGACCGAGACCUGCUGCUCGACCCGGCCUGGGAGAAGCAGCAGAGGAAGACGUUCACGGCGUGGUGUAACUCUCACCUGCGUAAAGCUGGAACUCAGAUCGAGAACAUCGAGGAGGACUUCAGAGAUGGCCUGAAGCUCAUGCUGCUGCUCGAGGUCAUCUCCGGUGAGAGGUUACCCAAACCCGAGAGAGGGAAGAUGAGAGUGCACAAGAUCAACAAUGUCAACAAAGCGCUCGACUUCAUCGCCAGCAAAGGAGUUAAACUAGUGUCUAUUGGAGCUGAGGAAAUUGUUGAUGGAAAUGCGAAGAUGACCCUUGGUAUGAUCUGGACCAUCAUCCUCCGCUUCGCCAUCCAGGACAUCUCAGUGGAGGAAACCUCAGCUAAAGAGGGGUUGUUACUAUGGUGUCAGAGGAAAACGGCUCCGUACAAAAACGUCAACGUGCAGAACUUCCACAUCAGCUGGAAGGAUGGUUUGGCCUUUAACGCUUUGAUACACAGACACAGACCUGAACUGAUCAACUAUGACAAACUGCGCAAGGAUGAUCCUGUUACCAAUCUGAACAAUGCCUUUGAAGUGGCUGAGAAAUACCUGGACAUUCCCAAGAUGUUGGAUGCAGAAGAUAUCGUUGGUACUCUCAGGCCGGAUGAGAAGGCUAUAAUGACCUACGUGUCCUGCUUCUAUCACGCCUUCUCUGGUGCUCAGAAGGCCGAGACAGCAGCCAAUCGCAUCUGCAAAGUUCUCGCUGUCAAUCAGGAGAAUGAGCACCUGAUGGAGGACUACGAGAAGCUCGCCAGCGACUUGUUGGAGUGGAUCAGGAGGACGAUCCCGUGGUUGGAGAACAGAGCUCCAGAGAAGACAAUGGUGGAGAUGCAGCAGAAGCUGGAGGACUUCAGAGAUUAUCGUCGAGUUCAUAAGCCUCCUAAAGUCCAGGAGAAAUGUCAGCUGGAGAUCAACUUCAACACGCUGCAGACCAAACUGAGGCUCAGCAACCGACCGGCCUUCAUGCCCUCUGAGGGGAAGAUGGUGUCUGACAUUAAUGGAGCUUGGCAUAACCUGGAGGGGGCAGAGAAAGGCUAUGAGGAGUGGCUACUGAACGAAAUCCGCCGUCUUGAGAGACUCGACCACCUCGCUGAGAAAUUCCGCCAGAAAGCAGCUAUACAUGAAAGCUGGACUGAUGGUAAGGAGGCCAUGUUGAAUCAGAAGGACUAUGAGACUGCGUCUUUGUCUGAGAUUAAAGCUCUACUGAAGAAACACGAGGCGUUUGAGAGUGACCUCGCUGCUCACCAGGACCGUGUGGAGCAGAUCGCUGCCAUCGCCCAGGAGCUCAAUGAGCUGGACUACUACGACUCUCCGAGUGUGAAUGCUCGCUGUCAGAAGAUCUGUGAGCAGUGGGACGUGCUGGGAGCGCUAACACAGAACCGCAGAGAGUCACUUGAGAGGACUGAGAAGCAACUGGAGUCCAUUGAUGAGCUGUAUCUGGAGUAUGCGAAGCGAGCAGCUCCAUUUAAUAACUGGAUGGAGGGAGCGAUGGAGGACCUGCAGGACAUGUUCAUAGUGCACAACAUCGAGGAGAUACAGGGUCUGAUCUCAGCCCAUGAGCAGUUUAAGGCGACUCUCCCGGAGGCGAAUAAGGAGCGGGAGGCCAUUCAGGCCAUUCAGGCGGAGGUGCAGAAGAUUGCGCAGUAUAACGGCAUCAAACUGAGUGGCACUAACCCCUACACCUCCAUCACCCCCAACAGCAUCGACAGCAAGUGGGACAAGGUGCAGCAGUUGGUUCCUCAGCGUGAUGAAGCUCUACAAGAGGAGCUCGGCCGUCAGCAAUCUAACGAUCAUCUGAGACGCCAGUUUGCCAACCAGGCCAACAUGGUGGGACCCUGGAUCCAGAACCAGAUGGAGGAGAUAGGGCGGAUAUCGAUCGAGAUGAAUGGCACUCUGGAGGAUCAGCUGACUCACCUGCGUCAGUACGAACAGAAGAUCAUCGAAUACAAACCCAACAUUGAACAGCUGGAGGGAAAUCAUCAGCUCAUCCAAGAGGCGCUCAUCUUCGACAACAAGUACACCGCUUACACCAUGGAGCACCUGCGUGUGGGAUGGGAGCAGCUCCUCACCACCAUCGCUCGCACCAUUAACGAGAUUGAGAAUCAGAUUCUGACCCGUGACGCUAAAGGCAUCAGUCAGGAGCAGCUUCAUGAGUACAGAGCCUCCUUCAACCACUUUGACAAGGACCACAGCGGCGCUUUAAUGGCCGAGGAGUUCAAGGCGUGUUUGAUCAGUCUCGGUUACGACGUGGAGAACGACAAGCAGGGUGAAGCUGAGUUUAACCGCAUCAUGGGAAGUGUGGACCCCAACAACACUGGGGCCGUGACCUUCCAGGCCUUCAUCGACUUCAUGUCCCGGGAAACGACAGACACCGACACGGCGGACCAGGUCAUCGCCUCCUUCAAGAUCCUCGCUGGAGACAAGAACUACAUCACUGCGGAGGAGUUGAGGCGCGAGCUGCCCCCCGAUCAGGCGGAGUACUGUAUCUCCCGCAUGGCGCCCUACAGAGGGAGCGACGCCGUGCCCGGUGCUCUCGACUACAUGUCCUUCUCCACCGCUCUCUAUGGAGAGAGCGACCUCUAAAAGGGCCGUAGAUCUGGCACACUCCUCCAUCUCCACCUCUCCGCUCCUCUAUCUCCACUUCCUGUCCUCCAUCUCUCCUCCUCCCAGGAGGGGCGGCGGUUUACGGGACUUAAGCACAUCUGAGGGGCGGGGCCAGGGUCUGCUCUGUGUGUGUCUGUGUGUCUCUCUCUCUCUCUCUCUCUCUCUCUCUCUGUGUGUGUGUGUGUGUGUGUGUGUGUGUGUGUGUGUGUCCCUGUCUGUCCAUCUGUGUGUGUGUGUGGGGUGAGAAGCAGAAAGUGACAGUUGUUCUGUAGGGAGGGAGAGAGAGGGAGAGAUGGCUUGGUCCUAAUUCUUACAGCUCACUUUCUUACAAGCUUUUGUUCACUUCUUCGUCCUCUUUCAGAUAAAUGGAUAAGAUUAUUUCCUUUAUUGUUUGGUAUUAAUUAGUUUUGAGAUUUCUCACCAGCAGGAGAGAGAGAGGGUGUGUGUGUGUGUGUGGUAAAUCAGGUCAGUAAUUAAUUAAUUAAUUAAUUAAAAAUUUAAAUGGUUGAUUAGCAUGAAUGUUGGUGCUGUAGCAAAUUCUGGCUUUCAGCCUUGUUCCAAAUGCCACACUCCCACAGCGUCGAGCUCCUUAUUCCACUUUCACAUUCUAAUGUGUUUUUGUUGUGGUCAUGAUGGGGGGCUUAGAGAGGCAGUAGACCAAUAGGAGAAAAGAAAAUGGUUUUGGUGGAUUGAGAGACAGGAAGUAAUGGAUAAGAGUGAAGGAGGGGUGUGUGAGAGAGAGAGCUCCACUCUGUUUUCUGUUACCAUGUUAAUUUGCUCGCUGCAGUGUGAGUUGUGGGUUUUUCUGUGCUGUACAUACUCAUUCUGUUUCCUCACCACACACACACACACACUCACACACACACACACACACACACACACUCUCACACACACUCACACAUACUCUCUGUAAUAAAUCACGAUGCAGCAGCUUUACAGAUAUUUACAUCAUGAAAUGAAAUAAAGGUUGCGCUUGGCCAGGCAUGUGCCGAUCCGUGGUAAUCUUUCAUAUUUCAUAUCUGUACGUUUUUAUCACGGUUUCUGACAUCGCGAGUUUGUAUUUAAAGAAGAAAAAAAAGAUUCUAUUCUUUAAAAAUAAAUAAAUAAAUAAAAAAUCAUUCCUCAUGACCAGGUUUUUCUCCCUGGUGUGGUGUACAGAAUCCUGGGCUUGUUCCUGAUCCACUGAGGAACCUGUGCUUUAAAUGUGUUAAAAUAAGGGACAGACUUUAUCCCGUAACCAUGCUCCCUAUUUAGGCAGUCUAUAUUUAUUCAGGAGUAGGCUGCCUGGGUAGUGAACAAGUGUUUUCAAAUUGCCUGCGAGGAGGAUCUUGUAAAUAUGGUGAUUAUAUCUCACAGCUGAUGAUCGGCACAUGCCUAUGCUGAUAUACUGUAGUUGUGGGCGGAGCUAGGUGUGAUUAAAUUAAUGCUAAAGCACAAGGCCCAUGUAGAGCGCACUUCUCCUCUAGUCCACUCCUCCGGGACUGAAGUGUGGUCCAGAUGUCCCAGGAUGGAGAUGAAGAUUUCCUGUGAGGUUGGGUGGGGUGGAGUGAGUGGGGAGGGGACGGAGUCUUAAUGAACAUUCCAUUAUGUCUUAAUGAUAAAAUUAAAUUGCUGUCUAACGAUCUAUGCAAAUCAUCAUUAUUAUUAUUAUCUACAGUGACGGGGUGACUAUAACUGUACUGGUGAAAUAAACGGUGAAUAAACAAGUGACGGAG